AUGAGUACCGCUCUUCCAACGAUUCAGUUGGACAUCGACUAUACAAAAAUUAAAGAUGAGAUAGAAGAUUUUAUAGUUCAUUUUAAGGAACAGGAAUUGUCUUUAGAGGAGAGUGAUGAGAUUGGUGUUGGUCCUAAGUACUUGAAUUUGCUUCAGCAGGUUGCAAACAGAGAGAUUGGUACAGUUUAUAUUGAGCUUGAUGAUUUAUAUGUGUACCAACAGCAGAAAAUCGCCGAUAAUGUCCCAUUGUCAAGCAGUAACUUGUGCUGGAUGAUAAUGGAGAAUGCAUAUAGGUAUAUUGAACUCUUUUCCUCAGUCUUGGACAAGCUUCUGCCGGCUCCAAAUAAGGAAUUUGACUACAAGGACGAUGUGCUGGAUGUGAUUUUGCACCAAAGACAAUUGCGGAACCAGAAACAGCUUAAUGAGAGGAGAAUGGAGUGGGAGCAAAUGGGCGGAAACUAUGAAGAUGCCAACAUUAAUGAAAUGCUUCAGCAAAAUGAAGAUGGCCAGGACGAUCUAUUUCCGGCAAUUUUGACAAGGAGUUACGAUCUGUAUUUGAAACCACUUGCUUUGCCAGGAAUCACGAAAACUGGCAAGAAAAUUAGAUCAGAAUUUGGUCCAUUCAGUGUCAGAGAAAUCAAAGCAUCGCACCUUGGUAAGCUAAUUACUGUGCGCGGGAUCAUUACAAGAGUCUCUGAUGUGAAGCCUUCAGUAAUGGUUACUGCAUAUACAUGUGACCAAUGUGGUGCGGAGGUGUUCCAGGAAGUCAAUAGGCGUACUUUCACUCCAUUCCUUGAAUGCCAAUCAAAGCAAUGUCAGCAGAAUGAGACCAAGGGCCAAUUAUUUAUGUCGACUAGAGCAUCUAAAUUUAAUGCGUUCCAAGAGUGUAAAAUUCAAGAGUUGUCAGACCAAGUUCCAAUAGGUCAUAUACCCCGAACCCUUACAAUCCAUGUUAACGGAUCUUUAGUGAGAUCGAUGGUUCCCGGUGAUGUCGUUAACGUAAGCGGCAUAUAUCUUCCUUCGCCUUAUACAGGGUUCAAGGCAUUGAAGGCAGGGUUACUCACAGAAACGUAUUUAGAAGCGCAGAAUGUCCUACAGCAUAAAAAGAAGUUUUCAGCAUUUGAAAUAACUCCAGAGGUUGAGCAGCGUGUGCAUGAAAUUGUGAAGCAAGGAGAUGUUUAUAACCGUUUGGCAAAAUCUAUUGCGCCUGAAAUCUAUGGGCACCUCGAUGUAAAGAAAGCGCUACUGCUCUUACUUGUAGGGGGAGUAAAUAAAGAAGUCGGCGAUGGUAUGAAGAUUAGGGGAGAUAUUAAUAUCUGUUUGAUGGGUGAUCCUGGUGUUGCAAAAUCGCAGUUACUGAAAGCAAUUUGUAAAAUUACACCCAGAGGUGUAUAUACAACUGGUAAAGGUUCUUCCGGUGUGGGAUUAACUGCAGCAGUCAUGAAAGAUCCUGUUACUGAUGAAAUGGUCUUGGAAGGUGGUGCAUUGGUUCUUUCUGAUAAUGGUAUCUGCUGUAUUGAUGAAUUCGAUAAGAUGGAUGAGAACGACAGAACUGCUAUUCACGAAGUCAUGGAACAACAGACAAUUUCUAUUUCCAAGGCAGGCAUAAAUACAACUUUAAACGCUAGAACGUCAAUUUUAGCGGCUGCAAAUCCUCUCUAUGGUAGAUAUAACCCAAGACUAUCGCCUUUGGAAAAUAUUAACCUUCCAGCUGCGCUACUUUCGAGAUUCGACAUAAUGUUCUUAUUACUAGACAUGCCAAACAGGGAGCUAGAUGAGAAGCUGGCAGAGCAUGUUGCAUAUGUUCACAUGCAUAAUAAACAACCAGAUCUAGAUUUUGAACCUGUGGAUCCUUCGAGAAUGAGAGAGUUUAUAGCCUUUGCCAAAACAAAAAGACCAAUCAUGACUUCCGAAGUUAAUGACCGAAUUGUUCAAUCGUAUAUCCGAAUGAGGCAGGAUUCCAAGCAUGCUACAGACCCAAGGCAUCAAUUUGGUCAAGCAACCCCAAGAACUUUAUUAGCAAUAAUCAGGUUAUCCCAGGCAUUGGCCAAGCUGCGAUUUAGUGACAUAGUAGAAACUGAGGAUGUCGAUGAAGCAUUGCGAUUAACCCAAGUCUCGAAAGAAUCGCUCUAUCAUCAAUCCGAAACUAAGUACGAUGAUGAAUCGCCCACCACGAAGAUUUACAUCAUCAUCAAAAAGCUUGCUACAGAUGGCAAUCAAUUUAAUAAGACACUACCACUCGAUACUAUAUCUAAAAUUGUUAGGUCGAGAGGUUUUACACAACAGCAACUGGAUAGCUGUAUUGAGGAGUACACAUAUUUGAAUAUUUGGCACAGAUUAGAAGAUAAUGUAUUGAAGUUUGUCGAUGGCAGUGAAGAUGACAUGCAAGCUUCCCAAGAUCAAGAUACCGAGAUGGGAGAAGCAUGA